GAGGAGGAGCCAAAAGGUUGGCGGAGGCGAAGAGCGGAGCCAAACGGCCGAGCGGAGGGCGCGGCGGAGGACACAGUCGGCUCUGCGCCUUUCGCCGUGCCGAGUCCCCGAGCGCCGGGGCGCGCGAAGCAGGCGCAGGUCGGCGAUGGCGUCCAUGGCGGCGGCGAUAGCAGCCUCUCGUACGGCGGUCCUGAAUGGGAACCGGCCGCUGGACGAGCGGGAGCGGAAGCGCUUCAGCUACUUCUCUUCGCUGAACCCCAUGGCUCGCAAAAUCAUGGCGGAGAAGGAGCGCAUCCGCGAACGCUACGGGCCAGACUGGGAGCGGCUGCCGCCCCGCCAGCAAGACGAGAUUAUUGACAAAAGCCUAGUGCAGCCCCAAGUCCAGGCCCGGUACGCGGCUCACCGAGGGGUAGCCCGAGACAGCCCGCCCCCGGUCUGCUAUCCGAAUCUGCGCCUCAAUACCGGCCAGAAGGUAGUGCACUUCGGGGAAGAGGAUAUCACCUGGCAAGAUGAGCACUCUGCUCCUUUUUCUUGGGAAACCAAGAGUCAAAUGGAAUUCAGUAUUGCUUCUCUGUUGAUCCAAGAACCGGGGGCUGCAGUGCCUCAGCACGAACAGAAACAGCCUAGCAAAACUGCACCUGGCCCCCCAGCCCCCAAACCUUCCCAGGGUGUUAAACCACAAAACUCAGAUGGGCUUAUACCGGUCAAAAAAGAGGAGGAGUCCUCAUUUUGGAAGAUAAAUGCUGAGCGCUCCAAGUACGAAGGGGAACAGUCGGAGUUCCACUCGCUAACCCCAAGCCAAAUCAAAUCCAUGGAAAAAGGAGAGAAAACCCUCCAGCCUAAUUAUAGGCAAGAAUCUGGUCCAAAAGAAGUAACUAAAGCAGAAAAGCCUAGUGCUCCGAAACCUGAAAAAGCGAUCGCCCCAGUUGUUCCCACAACACCUGUAGAAUGGGAAAAGCCUCCGUCCAACCAACCUGCAGUUAGUGCCUUUGAUGCUCAUCCUGACCCUGCAGAGAAAUUGUCAUCUGCUGCAACUCAAAAUGAAGAUGCCCAAAGCAGUUUUGUUCCAGAUUUACAAGGAUUUGACCAGGGUAAUGCAAGUAAUGUUAUCCUGAAGACGGGAUUUGAUUUUCUGGACAAUUGGUAGACAAAAACAAUCCUUCAGUUGGGUUUUGAAGAAAGAAAAAGAGCAUCUCUCUCCAUUUUGUCUUUGAAUUUCUGUUACUGGUUUUUCUGUGUGUUUUUAAAACUUUUUUCCCCAGUUCUUUUUUAAUGGUGCCCUUUGUACUAAUACUUUUUUGUAGAAACCUGAUAAGUAUUUGUAUUUUGAAGUGAUCCAUUGUUAGAAGGUUGGGUGCAUUUUUUGAUCUUUUAUUAAUUGCCAUUUUAUGCAUCAUAUUUGGUGAUGAACAGGGAUACAUUGCCUAAUAUUUGUAUGUAUGCUAAGGACAAAGUGUGCAAUCUAAUUAAAAUGAAGCCAUCUGACAGAACACCCAUAUUUAUUUUACACAUGAAUGCCAACAGCUAAUAGGCUACCAUCUGUAUUAAAUACAUUUGUACAAGAAGAUGAUUGUUUAUAUCAAGCACAGAUAGUUUUUAAUAUCAUCUGUCAGAGCCUUGGUUAGUAGGUUCAAGGUUCUGGAAUUAGUGGUCCAAAACAUUUUGUGAAUACCUUAUGGUCUUUUCCUAAUAGAGGAAAGAUGGAAGCACAGAGUCCAAAAGCCCAAAAUUCAGCACAUCUCUUUCAAAUAUAUUAUGCAGGAUAUAAAUCUGCAGACAUUUAUUUAUAUGUUUGUUUUUACAUUGGUCUAUGACACUUGAGUUGGAUGCAGGAAAAAAAAGCUUUAGCUAAUAUUGAGGUGUGUGCUGGGAGGGUGUGUAUGGUUACUUUUGUUUUCUUUCUGGGAAAUGAGGCCUAAUUGGUACACAAAAUAGGAUCGUUUAUUAAAAAUAAAACAUUUAAUAAAAUGUAUUUAAUAUGUUUUAUUAUAAAACUUAAAAGGAGAAGAAAGGAGAGUAGCUUAGAGAAAUAAUCAAAUACAUGGAUUGAGCUGCCUUUUACUGAUGAAAAACCAUCUGGUAAAAGGAUCUUCAGAAGAAUAACUAGUUUGUUUCAUCUCUUUUGGCGUAGCAGCAAUGAAGCACAUUUUGAAAUGUAGCUCAUUUCCCUUAUCCUCAUCCCUGAUGUUACAUUUCUUCAACAGGUUUAUUGCAAGGCAUUGUGACACUUUCUUUAAAAACAAAGCACUAUAUUAAAAAAAAAUGUUUCAUGAGAUUCCUGAUUCCUGGUACUGCUUCCCAUAGUGGGAAUAGAACCUGAAUGUAUUACAAACAUCCUGUUGUAUUAGAUUUUCCGUUGUUUUAAUAUUACAAAGAAGCUAUUUCACAUGGAGGAACACUUUAAAGAUGACAUCCCUCACCUGCACCUUGAAGUGGGCCAGCAUACCACUUUCUUUGGCUGCACACACAGACCAGCCUUGUCCAGCAUCUGCAACAUCCAGAAAUAGCUAUGCAACUGACAUCGCAUUUCUGUAACUUCAAAAAAUAUUGCAACUUCUCUCCCCAUCACCUUCAAGCCUUAAUUCCCCUUUCUGCACAAAUUGUGAUUUCUCCAACCAAAUACCAAAGGUUAUUGAAUUUCUGCUUUUGACCUUGAGAAUUGGAUUUCCUGAGAGAUGACCCAAUAAUAGAUAUACACUAUACACAUGUACCUCUGAUGCCAUGUGGAAUUCUCACAAAGUCUGUUUGGGCAUUUGUUGUCAGGCUGGCUAAUUGUAGCCUUCUUCCUUAGUAGCCGCCAGAUAAGUGGUUCCACUUUCAGAGUUGUCCAUUGUCCAUACCUGUGAGUGGUGUGAACUGAAAAGUCAUUUCUCUACAAAUCAUGUGUUCUGUUUUAUUUCAGAUUACUUCCUGUUCCUUUUGCUGCUUAUAUAUACUCAUUAACAAUGUUUAUGACAAAAGUUAAGAGGCCAGUUCUGAAUCUUGCCCUAAAAGAUAUAAUGGAAAAUAAAACUGGGUGGUCUUCAAAUUCAGUUCCAAAAUUCAUGCUUUGCAGUGUGUGGAGGCCAGAAUAUAUAGCACUGAUAUGCAGCUGUCCCUCACAAACUGAAACACCAUUUUGGAAUCUGAUAUACAGCAUUGCACAACUUUAGAAAAUAAUAAAAUGGAAUUAAUUGUAGAGAACACUGUGAAAAAUGCUCUUUUUCAGGCGUGUUUUAUGUGCCAUCACAGAUACACACACACUACACAAGACACUGGGAUAUUUGUGCUAAAGAUCGGAGUAGGAAACUGUAGAAGACUGUCUAUCUUCAGAUGCUUGACUUUGUCUUAAGAUACUUGGAUUAAUUGGUUGUUCUUAGUAACUAGCACCACCUUUCCUACUGUGGAGAUGUUGCUUUGGGUUUCCUGGUGCACACCUACAUGGCAACAUAACUAUUAGUGUCAUAUAAGAGUCCAUUGAAUUGGGGUAGCAGAUGUGAAUAAUUGGCAUUUCUGGAAUUGCUUAACUUUUGCUGCUGAGCCAAAGAGGGAAGAUUUUCAUUAAUGAAAAUAAGUGCCUGACACUUGAUUGGAUCUAGUUUGCGUUCCCUGUUUCAGUGUAUUUAAAGACACCAUAGUUAUAAAAAAAAACCCUCUGGUUUUUAUUUAAGAAAAGAGUACUUAUUUGAUUCUUUAAAAAGAAACAAGUCUUUAAAAAGGAAUUGGCAUAAAUUCAAGCUGAAGACAUUUCUUCAAUGUAUUUUUAGAUGAUAAAAGGGAGCUUUUCCAAUGUUGUCAGAGUAUAAAGUGUUUUUCCAGCUCAGGAUCUCUUGUUCAGGCUAACCAAUUCAAGAAUUAAAUAAGUGCAGUUUGGUUUGACUAGAGCUUUCCAUUUAUAUAUCAGUGGAUGUGGGGGUUAAUGUCCUGAGGUCAUUGAAGCAACAUUUUUAGAUUGCUGCUCUUAAGCAAUGAAAUAGGAUAAGCUGGGCCUAAUUCUCCUACUGUGUUUAUCUCCAAUCCUGUUUAUCUUAAUGAAAUUUUUGCAAGGAACCUCUUGAUGGAUUUUACACAUUGGAACAGUUAACACUAUAUUGCCUUUCUCUUCAGUAUAGUUUCUCCCUUUCUUGGAUGUUUUUAUUGAGGUUUUAUUCACAAUUGUAUUUGGCUACAAUUCAUAUCUGAUUCUUAAUUAAAAUCACAUGACAUGAA